AGUCGACGGGUGCUCAAAGGACUGUUUUUUGUCUUUCUUUUUUUUUUCUUCUCAUAUACGUGCUUUUACUAUUACUGCCGUGCUCAUUGUCAUUUUACUUCUUCAUUAUCAUCUUGUCUUUUUUCUAGUUACAACUCCCAACUACUACGUGACUACUUCACUCAAUCAAUACGGUGAUGAAAUGUCGUCAUAUCAAACAACACCAACAUCAAAAUCUUAUUGGAAUCCAGUCAUUGUUGCACCAACAAAAAAUAUGAGUAUUAAUACACCGUCCGUACCUAUUAUCUCCUCUCCUUCAUCAUCAUCAACAUCAUCGUCACCAACAAUAACUGCUUGUUGGGACUGGUUACUUUUUUCACCACAAUAUUAUUCUGAAUUUUAUAUUCCAUCAUCGACUUUUAUUCAUCAUCAACAGAAAAUCGAAGAAAAAGAUGAUGAUGAUGAUGAUAAUAAUAAUAAUCUUAAUCGUAGUUUCUUAACGACUUUACCUACAUGUUUACUCGCUUUAUUAUAUUUAACACCAAAAUUAAUUCAUACAUCGGACGAUGAGAGUCAUACAACUAACGAGUCACUAUUACCGUCUCUACCGAUUAAUAAUAUCGAUGAUGACCAAAUAAAUCUAAAUCGUUCAUCAACACCUGAUACAGAUGAUGGUUAUCAAUCAGCUAGUGAUGCUAGUCGAAGUGACUAUUCACAACAAUCAUCUAUAAUUUAUGAUCAUCAUAAUAGUCGAGAUAAUAUACGGAUCAAUGAACAUUCUUUACCUAUACCACUACCACUUAUGCCACGACGUAUAUCAUAUGCAGCAGCUGCUGUUAAACCAAUAUCAACAACAAAAACAACAAAAACAACAACAACAUCAAAUAAAUUAGCUUCAUUGUCAACAGUGAUUGACAAACCAAAACAAAUAAUUAAUAAUACAUUAUCAAACAUAAUGAGUACAAAUGAUAUAUUAAAUACUAAUGGUCAAAAAUUAAAAUUUAUUGCACCACGUUUCGAACGAAUGCAUCAUGCCAAACAACAUUCUACUUUAUCAUCAUCGUCAUCAUCAUCAUCAUCAUCAUCAUCAACUUUAUCGAAUCGAACACAAAUACGUUCAACUAAUAAUUAUAAUAAUAAUAAUAAUCGUAAUCAUAUUAUCAAUUCAACACGACGUCGUUAA